AUGAACGGCGCCGCUCUGGUCACCGGUCCUGCAGGAGGGAAGGGGCGCGUACUGCAAACAAGUGGCUGCUCACCGGAAGGGAGCGAUGAGGAGCAGCUGCGAGCAGACUUGUUAGGCAUGCGAGACUUGUCUCAGCUGAGUCCGCGCCAGCAGCGUCGACUGCUCUCUUCACGGGAUCGCCGAGAGCGAAACUUGUCGUUAGGUUUUGGCGGAUUUGAAAAGUCGCCGAUCGUGAAUGAUCCCAGACAAGGACAGCAAUCAUCGCUGAUGAAGUUAAGGCUUCUCCUAAUCUCCUAAUCCUAGUUAAGCAUCUUAGGACUGUCCCAUAAGGGGAAAACGGCUCCGUCCACGAUGAAACUCAAGAUGGAUUACUUAGGUAUUUAAGAACCUCUAAAAAUAAUGAGCAGGGGUACAAUCAAAGAACAAGAACAUCCAGGGUCAAAACAUCUUGAUCAGGCAACGGUGCCUGCGCGCGUCCAUAGUGGGUUGCCAGCGAGGCGAGGCAGCACGCCGUCUACGUCUCGCAGGCCAGUGGGAAUGGCAGGAAGCCAGAGUGAAACAAGAGUUGCAACUACAGGAGGAGGAGGAGCCGCUUCUUCUGCUGCUGCGCCAGCGCCUCUCCAACAGGCCUUGUCUCCGCUACUGCAAAGUCGAAGCAUCGAUCCGGAGGACUUGCUGCAGAGAAGUGGAGCCAUCCUCUCGGAGGGAGAAGUUGCGGAAGUGGCAGAAGCGCGAGCUCUUGCGCAAAUACCGAGAAGAACGAACACCGAGAACAAGGACCCAGCCGCACAAAUAGCGACUUUUGGAGACCCAUUCCAUCCAUCGGAUGCCACUGUGCGUCAUCCAGUGGCGCCACGUGUAGUCAACGUGGUUAUGAAGCCAGUGCCUUUUCGGCACGAUUCUUGGGGAGGUGACGUGCUAGUAUCCAGACCAGACACAGCCGAAGCUGGACUUUCGAUACUUGGCGGUGGUGCGACCUCCACGACACGUUCUCUUGAGAGUCGUGGCGGGAUGCGUCCGCACAUAUCAUCUGCAGUCGCUGCUGGAGCUGUUGAAAAUCAUGAACUAGACCCUCUACUACACCAGCAUCAGUCCUCCUCUACAACUACAGCUAUGGACAAGAACCAGCAAGGCUUGGAUGGUGGUGUGAGUCUUGCGUUGAUUCCGGGCUCGUGUUUGAAAAUAGCGGAUACGCUCACUAGCAUCAUGAUACAACCUGCUAAGGAGAAACAUUCACCUGGAUCAAUCGAUAUGUUAAGCGCGAACCUGAGUUCGAGCUUGCAACUGCAGCAGGCAAGCUUAAUGAGUUUAGGGCGAUGUCCAGAACAAGAUGAGACUGUGCCAGCAUUAGAUUCGUCACUUCCACAACAGCAGAACACUUCGCUGUUGACUGCGAGCGGUGAAGAAUCUAUAGCAACCUUACAGGAGGACGUGAUUAUCCAGAACGCUGCACUUCAACCUUCUUGGACGGGCAGAGGGCAACAGAGGAUUGCUUCGCCGGUGGACGUCGACAAUCAAGGUGGAGCUUCUCUGGCUUCACGUCCAUCCGUGGGAAGCGUGAAAAACAUCAAUGUAGAAGUUGUGUACGAGGAAAAUAAUAAUCAUGUCCUGCCGCGAGAAGGUAGAAGUCCUGCGAGAAGUCCUUCGCCUGCUGGGCCCAAUAGGCAGCAUUACGGGGCCUCGCCGGAACGCGCUCUAUCGUCUCCCUCUAGAAGGAUUUUCUUGACCAACAUGGUUGCAGUGUGUGGCGACCCCAAUAUGGAUCGGACGCAACAAUUGCUCGAUAAAGCCGCUGCGGGGCUUACGUCGGUCGCUCCGAUCAAGGAGUCGCAGCGAAAGCGCCUAGCCGUUCUUGCCUCAGGCAGUCCACGCUCAUCGGGCUUGGUGCCUUUGAUGUCCCCGUCUCCUCUGGCCACGAGAAACCAUAUUACGGCGGAUCACGCAGGAGCAGUAGGCGGCAUUGGAUCGUCCUUGUCACCUUCUGACAGCAACCACAUGACAGCAGCACUCCGUACAAAAUCGAUGGAACCGUCUGUGCCGAUCUCCCCGCCAAAAGUGACCGUUAAGUACCCACCAGUGCGCGUAAAACGAAGACUUCUGAGACAGGAAUUUGCACCCGCAACGACUCCAGGACAAGCUGGGGACGUUCGUGGCCCGCUGGACAUCCGUGAAGUGUUUGUGUACGACCACAGCCCGCGGUCACCAGAGAAGUCGAUUCUAGACGCCCUCUCAGCUGAUUUACAGGAGAAAGGAUGGCGCGCCGGAACGUCUCCUCGAAGAGCGACCAAGCCGGGGGAAGAGGUACAACUGCGUAAAUGAAUUUCCGCUGAUGUUGUUGUGAAGAUUUGAAUAUUAUCUAUAUUCAUUUACUUGUCACAGCGAGAUUUGCGUACUAGGUCCUCAAUCUUCUUCAUUUUUACUUAACCUAUCUUCAUAUAAUUGUUCCGCAGACGUACCCACUUACACUUAGAUGAACGAUAGUCCAGAAGAGUAAGAAACUUCUGAACUACAACACGGUCGCAGGUUUCUGUGGCAGCGUUCGAGCAACCCGUGAACGAGGCACGGGCUGAGUCGCUGGAGCGUCUGCAUCGCGGUGAGCCAUCACGGAUAGGCAAGAGAGGCACUAGAGAAGUGGUGGAUCCCAAGCUCUUGCAUCAUAGUCCGAUGAAGUUUCCGCCACACGCGAUGUCUCCACCGAAAGGAGCGCCAUUUGGUUUGUCAUCUGUAGUUCCGUUGCAUGCGCAGGGUAGUAGCACAGCAGGAGGAGAUGCGUUUUUACGACCAUAUACAGCACCAGAGCUGCAUGUCGAGACGACUAAUUUUAGUCAACAGGGUGGCGAGGUUCUAGCUGUUGGAGGAGAAGGAGUAGCAGGCACUACAGCAUCAGGCCUUGCACUCGAGGCACAGCAACAUCUUGCGCAGGGAGGCAGUUCUUUAUCUAGAAGUAGUACUAGAAAUAUCAGGGAGGAGGUUCUUCAGCAGGAGCUGAUUGUUCCGGCAAAUGCGUUCUACGCGGCUCACCAACCACCGAAAAGUGCACCAGAUGGGGGUGUAGCGGUUGCGGGGCCUCGCAGCUUGCUGGCACGACGUGGACGUGGUAUUAAGGGCUCCAAGUGAUUGUUCAUUUCCGACGGUCUUUUUCUUCUGUUUUUUCUUCUGUUUAUCACCAAGAUAAAAAGUGCUAGUCCUGGUAUACCUCCUUUUUUUGAAGGCAAACCAUGUGACUUCGGGUUUAGGUCCAGCGACGCUCAAAGCACUAAAUAAAACAACCGGUUAGUUUUUACCUCUAAAACUUAGGCUUAUCCCAUGAAGCAAUACUUAUUUGAUGUUUCCUUCUGAAGCGAUGGAAGUCAGAAGAAAUGGGCGGGAGAAUGAAAUGAAUCGGUUUGAAUACCUCAUCUAAUGUUAUUUUUGCAACCUCCGAACACGUCGUGGACCAUUUUCCUCCAGCAGCGGGUCCUCAUUUUCAGAUGGAUUUGAGAUCUUUAUCUCUUAACACACGACGUCUGACGCGUGAGCAAGAAGAGGAGAUCGAAGCGGUGGAGCGCGCAGCCAGGGAUCAACAGUUGCACGACGAAAUUAUCAACAUGCUAGAGCAUCAACCGAGAAUGCGGAUGCGGAAAAACGGCACGCUCUGUCGUCCAGGAAGCAGAGCCUGGCUCGCUAGACCAGACGACGAAGUACUACUUUUAUAGAUUUUUGAGGAUUGUAGUGAUAAGUGUGCAGGUCAGCGCCUAAACCACUAAUCCGACUGCGCAGUUGGCUUAGUGGUUUAGGCGUUGACCUGUACACACUUACCCGAUUGAGAUAGAAAAGAUAGAGACUUCUUUCUCUUGUGUGAUGCUGUCUUCUUUCAUUUACAGGUCUUUGUUUGAUUUAUUUUUCGCGGAUGGAUCGAUGUUCACAAAAAUUUAGAUUGAAUUUAUCUACUUCGGGUGCUGUCUUUCCACUAUGAUUGACUAGCAUAUUUACCCACAUGGACAUGUACUGCUCCACUGCUCAGCCACUUCCGAAUGCUAUUGUGCCUUCGAGAAGUCCGAGUCCCCCACUGGCAGAGGAAAGUAGGUCUCCAGAGAAGCGACCAGCGACCACCGGCGUCCACCAGCAGAGUCAACCGGCAGGUCCGCUGGGCUCCACGCGGAGCGGCACAGCGACGCAUUUUCGUUCGAACCUGUCGCUGCUUAAUAGCAACAAGGCAGAAGCGCCUCCACCGCCAACGCCGCUGCCCCCACACGUGCUGAACAGGUCGUUCGUCUCAACGCCAGCGGCGAAACGACCGGUGACGCAAGGAAGCGCUUCUGGUGGACCGUUCUCUAUAGGUCCAGGAGGACCUGGAGGAAACUCGCCAGGAGGCCAGUUUGGAGGAAACUCCCUUAAUACAAUCGGAACAGGGGAUGGAGUAGCUGGAGGAGCACAACUUCUAGGUCGUCAAUCAGGUGGAAACGCCACGACUGUAUACAACAAGGCGUUUUUGAAGGUUCGAAAGUCUAGUGUGCAGAGUUUGGACUAUAAACUUCGCCAUGCGCUAGAGAAGUCGAAGAUUCCUUUAGCGGAUUACCGUAGAUUUCGUGCUUUUGUCUCUCGCGGGACUCUGCAGCUGCGCGAACGCAGCGCUUACGAGUUGAGCACCAUUGAGAAAUUUCAAUUCGAGAAUCAACAAGCUGGUCAUCACGGAGGAAGAGGUGUAGAUAUUUCAAUUAAGGCUCAUCCACGUGAAGGUGUUCCGGGCGAUCUUCAUUAUAUCGUAAUUCUUAUCCUAAGGGGCAUCUUCUUUGGCCCCCUUUCCCCUAAGGGAAAGAAUAUGCGUCAAAGAUGCAUUUCAACAAGAAACAGAAAUUUAUUAGAUAUUUAUCACAUUGAAGUAAAAGGGUCUAACUCAAAUAACGGAGGAGGUGUAGAUGCGAUGUUGAUAUACAUAAGUAAUAACAGAGGAGGUGAUACAUAAGUAAAAAUAACAUGAUCAUCAAUAACAAACAAAAAAAGUAAGUUAGAGUGAUAAUAGGUGGGUCUAACUCAAAUAACGGAGGAGGUGUCGAUGCGUCAACAUCGCCAUCUCGAGGUGGUGGAUAUCGGACAAUCUUGGAAUCGCGUGGCAGAGACCAGAGACCUCUUUUAGGUGCUAGAACAACCGAGCAUGUUGGUCUCAGUGGUCAACACGAUAUACUUGGUGUUGAUGUUCUUGCGUCUGGAGGAGGCAGAGGCCAAAGGAGCAGUGGUGGUCAGAAUACUGUUGAGCAUCAUGAUCUGCUUCUUCAAGCCGGAGAUGAACCUUCGUGGCCGCUUGCGAGUCCUCGGAGAGAAGUACCUUUUGGAUUCUCAGGGUCGACGAUGAGCGCUGAAUUUCUAAGCGAGACGGGCCUUCGCAGUACUACUACAGAUCCGGGCCUACUUUCGGGUUCACUUUCCCCCACAGAUGGAACAGAUGAGAAAAAGAAGAAAAAGAAGAAGAAACGUUCUUCACACCGAAGUCCUAGCAGUACGAGUACUAAAAUAAUACAUGGAACAGGUAGCGGUGGUGCGGCGCAGCAUCUACAACAACAUCUUCUAAACAAGAUCGGUGGCUCUCCUGGAGCUCAACAAGGUCGUAAUCAAGAAGGAGCAUCGCUGAGUUCUCACUCGAAGGAUCUUGCGAAAAAGCACAAAAAGAGGAAAACGGCUACAACAGGGGAUCAACACGCCAAAAAUUCAGGAAACCGUGCUAAGCGACCCCUAGAAGGACUAGGAGAAGUUGCACCACCAGGCUUAGAAGAGUUGUACUGCUAUAACAGUUCCUCGCCCUCACCCUCUCCCUCGCCAAACGAUCGCAAGCACGCCUCAGCAACAUCAGCCAGACUGGAAGAAAAUCCAGGUGGAGGCGCACUACAAUUAAGGCCACGAGUAAUUCAUUCAUAUUUUUUCAUCUCUGUGUGUCGUCAGGAUGCCUAUAGCGCUAGCAUCAUAUUUCAUCUCUGUGAGGAUCCCUUCGUGUUUGGUGUAGAUAAUUGGUUCAAGAAGUAGGUGGAAGGAAGCUAGAGGGAUACUUCAGAUUUACCUGGUUGUAGUUGGUGCAGAGGUGAAUUGUCGAUAGAGACCUGGAUGUAAGAUACCUGGUACGGGGCUGGAUUAUGGAUACCACUUCUAAUGCAAACGUCGUCGAGCAACAGGGGACCACUGCAGCACAACUCCAAGUACCAGAUCGAACAAAAUCAGUCUGUCUCGAACCUUUUCACCAGUAUCGAGGAUUUUCCUUCGGUUCAGUUGCCACUACAAAAAGAGGGUGCAGCAUCUUCAUGAUAUGCACACGACAAAUGAUGAACUCCCACCUCUUCAAAAUAGUAUUCAGAAUAGAAAGACUUGUCGUGGUACUAAAAGUGUUUUCAUCUUCUUCAUUCUUGAUUCGAAUCUAUUCGGCAGUUUGCAUCUUCUUCAUUCUUAUCCGACCUUAAAGAUUUCUUCAUAGUGAUAGCAGUCGUUCUCGUUAAUACACGUACUCGUAUUAGGCAUGACAUUACUAGAUCAUUUUCUUCCUAGAAAUUCUGCACCGCCUCCAUCUACUCAGACUAUCGUUAUAGAUUGAGUUACAUAGCCAAGCGGCAAGUAGUUGCAUAGCCAAGCAGCGACGGAUGCAUGUGCAAUGAGUUCAACUAGUUGCAUAGACACGACUUUGUUCUACUUCUACAAGUUCUUUCAUCAAAGACAAUAGAUUCACAGUUGAGUAGGAACACACAUACUUUCCAAGAACCUCUCUCCAACAAUCAGUGCUUCGAUUUUUACUUCCUUAAUGCAAUUCAAUACCUUCUUCGCGUACAGUAUGAGUAAAUGCACGUAAAAAAAUUAGCAAGUAUGAGUAAAUGCCGGUUUGACCCAUAAUUGCUAAUGAAAACAUGCUUCACGACGGUGAGUAGUAUCGUUGUCAUGAUACGUCAUAAACGGCGCGUCUUGAUGCGAGCAGAGAAAAUUAUUAUUUGGGUUACAAUUUAUCAGUUUACUUACGUUGCUGGUGUGAGGUCGAUUACAUUGUUACAAUUUGCACCACAUCACGCGCUUCUUUGAGCGGUUUCCCGAGAACCCUUUUUCCGUAUGGUUUGCACCAGGAGAUCGCACUUAUUAAUUGAGAUCGCACUUAUUAAUUGGUUUGGCCUUGACUCCUCUCACUGUGACUGAAUGAAUCUACUCAUUCAUGAAGAAAG